CACAAGAGAGAAAGAACAGCAGAAGAAAACAAUGCUAAACAAAACAAACAAAUAAAAUGGGUUCGGAAGAAGGAGUCUUUAAAUGGACUGAUGCCAACACGGCAGAUCUGAUUGUGUGGAGAGUCAGAAACAACGGUCUGUUUACAGGCAGAAGAAAUGCAGCCAUUAAAGCCUUUGAGCUGUAUGUGAAAGAGAAACAGCUGGAAGGAAAAGUGACCCCUGCAUGGGUUCGAAAGAAGUGGGAGAAUCUAAAACAAAAGUAUAAGGACCUCAAAAGCCUCAGUAUGGUGGGAGGAGACACAGCAAUUGCAACCUGGAAGUGGUAUGCAAUCAUGGAUGGUGCACUGAGUGGCGAGAUCCCCCUCAACCAUUUCAUCAAGCCGGACCAAGUGUCCUCGUUUGCUCAGGACGCUCCUCCCAUCAAGCAGAGAAAGGAAGAGGAUUGGUUGAUAAUCCUGCGGGAGAUGGAAAGGAGACAGGAGGAACGAGAGAGGCAAGCGGUGGAGUGGGAGGAUGAGCGAGACAGACGGGCUGCAGCGAGAGAAGAAGAGCGAGACCGACGGGCUGCAGAGAGAGAGGUGGAAAGAGAUCGAAGGGCUGUAGAGAGAGAAGAAAUGAGAGAGGGACAGGCGCUGGAGAGGGAGGAGAGGAGGGAACGGGAAAUGUUUGCCAGAGAGGACCGGUGGGAGAAAGAGAUGCUGGCUAGAGAAGAACGGCAGGAAAGGGAAUGGAGAGAAAGAGAGGAGAGGAGAGAAAGAGAAGCUGAUGCUAGAGAUGAAAGGCUCUUUAAAGUCCUCGAGACAUUUGUGGCCAACAAGUAAAACUUACUGAUAGUUACAUUCCAAGAAUUGCCUAUUUUCUGCUAAUAAAUUGUUUUGCAUUGCC